AUGGAGAUCCUCAAGGUCUUGGAGGACCACCUGCAGAGCAGCGAGUCCGCCGAGUUCCUCUUGGAUCUUAUGAAGCAGACGUGUCUUCAUCCUCUGAGCCGGAAGUUCCCCCCGUCGGUCCGGUAUCGGAGGCUGUUCCUGUGUGAGCUCAUCAAACGGACUGAAGCUGCUGCCUGUGAUCCUCUGGACCAGCUGUACGAGGCUUUGGCAGAGGUGGUGGGGGUCCAGGAAAACUCGGAGUGCUACAAGAACUACUUCCUGCCCGGCGGAGACACAGUCAGCCUGCAAGAGAACGUGGUUCUGAUCUCAGAGGGGACAACCGGACUGGUGACCUGGGAGGCUGCUCUGUACCUGACGGAGUGGGUUCUGGAGAACCCGCAGGUUUUUACCAGCAGGUCGGUUCUGGAGCUGGGCAGCGGCGCCGGGCUGACCGGUAUCAGCAUCUGUCGCUGCUGCCGCCCCAGCAGAUUCUCCUUCAGUGACUGUCACGCCUCGGUCCUGCAGAACCUCAGAGACAAUGUCCGUCUGAACGGUCUGAGCGAGGGGACGCGUCCCGCUGUCAGAGUGGACGAACUGGACUGGACCGCGGUGACGGAGGACAAAAUCCGAGACAUCGGUGCCGACACCAUCAUUGCCGCAGACGUGGUGUAUGACCCAGAUGUGGCAGGAAGUCUGGUGACCUUCCUGUCCAAGGUUCUGAACUGUGCGUCUCCCCAGGACCCGCCGGACAUCUUCAUCUGCUCCACCAUCAGAAACCCGGAGACAUACGGCAGCUUCAUACGGCAGCUCGAAACGUCAAGGAUCGGCCUCCAGGUGAUGUCCGGACCCGUCAAACGGGUCUUUCCCUACAACAGAACCGCCCCCAUCGAACUGAUCCGACUGUUCCUUCAUUAAAAUAAAAGCU